AUGUCCGCCGUACCCUCUCUCCCCGAAUCACUGACGGUGGGGAGCGACGCCCCACAUGAAGACGUGCUCCGCCGCAUCGACUCAGCCAACCACGCCAGCACCAACGGCGUGCAGAACGGCCAUGGUACCAAACCCAAGACGACAGCAGCCAACGCCGAAACACCGUCUCCCCCUCCCGCCCCCUCGACGCCGACGGCGCCCUUCACCCUCCACCAAGCGCCGGUCGAGAACUUCCGGCCGGUGCGGGUCAUCGUGGUGGGCGCGGGCUACUCGGGCGUGUACCUGGGCAUCCGGCUGCCGGAGCGGCUGCGCAACGUGCGGCUGCGCAUCUACGAGAAGAACGCCGGCGUGGGCGGCACGUGGUGGGAGAACCGCUACCCGGGUUGCGCGUGCGACAUACCCUCGCACUCGUACCAGUACUCGUUCGAGCCCAACACGCAGUGGUCCAGCCUGUACGCGCCCGCGCGCGAGAUCCAGGCGUACAUUGAGCGCACCGCGCGCAAGUACGGCGCCGACCGCUUCGUGCGGCUGGGCCACGAGGUCAGGGAGUGCAGGUUCGAUCGCAGGGCCGGGGUGUGGAGGGUGAGGGUCGCAGAGCUGGCGACGGGCAGGGUGUUUGUCGAUGAGGCCGAGGUGUUGAUCAGCGCGAGGGGGAACUUGAAUACGGCAGCGUGGCCCGAGAUUGAUGGGCUGGAGAGCUUCGAGGGCGAGGUGAUGCAUUCGGCCAGGUGGAACGAGAACUACGACUUCACGAACAAGCGCGUGGGCGUCAUCGGAUCCGGAAGCAGCGCCAUCCAGAUAGUACCGAAUCUGCAGAAGCUGCCCGGAACGCAGCUCUCGUGCUUCAUCCGCAGCAAAACGUGGAUAUCCCCCCCGUUCGGCCAGGACAUGUGGGACAAGCUCGGCCUCACCGGCUUCACCAUCCCCGACGACAUGAAGGCCAAGUUCAGGUCCGACCCGGAGCACUACCACAAGUUCCGCCUCGCCAUCGAGGAGGACGCCAACUCGAUCCACGCCGUGACCAUCCGCGGCACGCCCAUGAACGUCGAGGCCAAGCACGCCUUCGAGGACCACAUGCGCCGCCGCCUCGCCGCCCGCCCGGACAUCUUCGCCGCCCUGCUCCCCUCCUUCUCGCCCGGCUGCCGCCGCCUGACGCCGGGCCCGGGCUUCCUCGAAGCCCUCACCGAGCCCAACGUCGCCUUCGUCACCGACCCCAUCGCGCGCAUCGAGCCGCGCGGCGUCCGCACAAACGACGGCACCCUCCACGAACUCGACGCCCUCGUCUGCGCCACCGGCUUCCACGUCUCGGCGCCCCCGCCGUUCCCCGUCAUCGUCGACGAUGAUGAAGUCGACCCGCCGGCGACGGGCAGCAGCAGCAGCACCACCACCAUCAACACGACAGGGGCACCACCCCAGUCGCCGCCGCGCCGGCUCAGCGACCACUGGCGCGCGCGCGCGACGUCGUACCUCAGCCUCGCGACCGACGGCUUUCCCAACCUCUUCCUGAUGCUGGGCCCCAACUCGGCCAUCGGCUCGGGCAGCCUGACGACCAUGAUCGAGCGCGUGGGCGACUACGUCGUGCGCUGCGUGCGCAAGCUGCAGCGCGACAACAUCCGCUGCAUGGAGCCCCACCCCCGCCGCGUGCGCGACUUCACACAGUACGUCGACGCGUAUUUCGCCGGCACCGUCUUUGCCGAGGAGUGUCGGAGUUGGUAUCGCAGUAAGGGAGGUGGGAGUGGCGGCGGCGCCGUCACUGGGUUGUGGCCGGGGAGCACGAAUCAUUGCGUUGAGGCGCUGAGGAGCCCGAGGUGGGAGGAUUGGGUGUAUGAGUAUGUUGGGGAGGGGGAGGGGGACGCGGACGGGGACGAAGAGGUGAAUCGGAUGGCGUGGUUGGGGGAUGGGUGGAGCCAGAAGCAGAGGGAUGGGGAGGAUCUGGCGUUUUAUCUGUACCCCGAGUUUUUGGACAAGCCGGUGCCGGGGAGACCCGAGGACAAGGAGGAGUAUAGGGUGAGGCCGUUUGCGUAUUGA